AAUCCAUGUAUGUCCUCAUUCUUUUUCUUUAAUUUCCAAAAUUCCAUCUUUUUCCGGCCUCAGCUAACACUAUUUCCAGACCAGACCCACCAAUAGCAUUUAGAUUUUUUAUUUUUCCUUUUUACACUUUGUAUUUUUCUGUCUAUAUAACUUUCUGAACAGCCACUUCAUCUUUACUGCUAAUGGGUUCUUUCUAGUAAGGUACGACUCUUUCUUGUUUUUAAUUUUUUGUACUUUUUUUUUCUGUUACUGUUAUUAGUCAACUUGUGCUCUAUUCACUUUCUGUUUCAUUUAUAUGGUAGUAUUACUAUUGGGUUCCUUUGCUUUUUAGAUGGUUUGUUUUAGUUCAUUCUUGAUUCUUGCUGCAGCAAUAUGCUAAGAUCUGUUAAAAAGAUCAAUUCUUUUUCUCGAGAACUGUGCUGUCCGGGUUUGCUUUCGUGCACCUCGAUUACGUGCAUGGGAUACCUGGACCUCAGGUUCUCUCACGCUCUUGGGUGCAAAAAGAUCAAAAUUUUGUCAAGGUUUAAAGAAAGGUCAACAUGAUGUGUCUGGUUGGAUCUGCUUUUAAAUUGGUCUAAAAAGAUUUUGUAUUUGCAGGUAAUUUUAUUUAAUUUAUUGGUGGUGGUGCUUGUUUGUUUUUGUGUGUUUCUUGAAGAUGCCUGGAGUUGUUAUGGAUGAAAUUCAUGAAGUUGACGAGGUUAAAGAAUUGAAGGAAAAUGGAAAUUCUACACCAUGUAAAGAGAAUGAGUCUCCUAAGGGGGGUGUGGAGCAUGUUGCUGAUGGGGUGGUUGAGCCUUCUAUUGAGGAGCUUUAUGAGAAUGUGUGUGAGAUGCAGAGCUCUGACCAAUCUCCAUCUAGGCCUAGUUAUGGUUCAGAUGGUGAUGAAUCCAGGAUUGACUCCGAGCUACGGCAUCUUGUUGGAGGAGAAAUGAGGGAAGUGGAGAUAAUCGAGGAGGAUGAUGAGGUGCAGAAGCCAGAGAGUGGUGACUCUCGUAGUGAUUCUGGCUCUAAGAAGGAAAAUUCCCCAUUGUCUAGUACGAAGGACUCUUCUUCAGGGCAACCCAAGACGCCCUCUAAGUUGGAGCUGGAAUCAGAAACUCCAACAAAAUCAAAUCCAAAGGGUAGGAGGUCAUCCCUUGAUAAGAAAAAUGAAAAUAAUUCUAAGAAGGCAGUUGUGGCUGGUAUCCCAAGGAGUAGGCAGAAGAGUUCGCCUGCGUCGGGAUCAAAAUUGAGGAAUGGAAAUGAGGACUCAUCUGAUUCGGGUUUAGAUAAUCCUGACCUUGGUCCCUUCUUGCUUAAGCAAGCAAGAGACUUGAUAUCUUCUGGGGAUAAUUCUCAUAAAGCUCUUGAAUUGGCUCAUCGAGCAGCGAAGUCAUUUGAGAAAUGUGCCGAUGGAAAGCCUAGUUUGGAUGUGGUCAUGUGUCUGCAUGUAACUGCAGCAAUAUACUGUAAUCUGGGCCAGUAUGAUGAUGCCAUUCCACUGAUAGAGCACUCAUUGGAAAUUCCGGUGGUUGAAGAAGGACAAGAACAUGCUCUUGCCAAAUUUGCUGGUUAUAUGCAAUUGGGCGAUACUUAUGCAAUGUUGGGCCAACUUGAGAACUCGAUUGUUUCUUAUACCACCGGUCUGGAAAUCCAAAGACAAGUGUUGGGAGAUAGUGAUCCCAGAGUUGGUGAGACUUGUCGAUAUCUUGCUGAGGCUCAUGUUCAGGCUUUGCAGUUUGAUGAAGCGGAAAAGCUUUGUCAGAUGGCUCUUGACAUACAUAAAGAGAAUGGUUCACCACCUUCACUAGAGGAAGCAGCAGACAGAAGGCUGAUGGGACUAAUUUGUGAGUCUAAGGGAGACCAUGAGGCUGCUCUCGAGCAUCUUGUUCUGGCCAGUAUGGCCAUGGUAGCCAAUGGGCAGGAAUCUGAGGUGGCAUCUGUUGAUUGUAGCAUUGGAGACACAUAUUUGUCUCUGAAUAGGUAUGAUGAGGCCAUUUUCGCUUACCAAAAGGCACUCACAGCUCUCAAAUCUAGCAAAGGAGAAAACCAUCCUGCCGUGGCUUCUGUUUUUGUCCGUCUGGCUGACUUGUACAACAGGACGGGAAAGCUAAGGGACUCAAAGUCAUACUGUGAGAAUGCCCUCAGAAUAUAUGGGAAGCCCAUGCCUGGGAUUGCUCCAGAGGAGAUUGCUAAUGGUCUUGCUGAUGUUUCUGCUAUUUACGAGUCGAUGAAUGAGCUUGAUCAGGCACUCAAGUUGCUACAGAAAGCGCUAAAGAUUUAUAACAAUGCCCCUGGGCAGCAGAAUACCAUAGCGGGAAUUGAAGCCCAAAUGGGGGUGAUCUAUUAUAUGUUAGGAAAAUAUUCUGAAUCUUACAACUCCUUUAAAAGUGCCAUUUCAAAGCUCAGAGUGAGUGGAGAGAAGAAGUCAGCCUUCUUUGGGGUCGCCCUUAACCAAAUGGGGCUUGCUUGUGUACAGCGUUAUGCGAUAAAUGAGGCAGUCGAGUUGUUUGAAGAAGCAAAAGGCAUUCUGGAGCAGGAAUAUGGACCCUAUCACCCUGAGACGUUGGGAGUAUACAGCAACCUUGCUGGCACAUAUGACGCUGUUGGCAGGUUGGAUGAAGCUAUUCAAAUACUGGAAUACAUUGUUGGUGUGAGAGAGGAAAAGCUAGGGACAGCAAAUCCAGAUGUUGAUGACGAAAAGAAAAGGUUGGCCGAGCUACUAAAGGAAGCUGGUAGGGUUCGAAAUAGAAAAGCCAGGUCACUGGAGAAUCUACUCGAUGCUAAUCACCGUCCUAGUACUAUAAAUAAUGAUUUGAUUAUAGUAUGAUUAUGAACAAUGUACAUGAGAUUAAAGUAUUUAUCAGAGUCGAGAAAAAGAAAGAAAAAGGUAUAGGUUGAAGGCUUUAUUAAUUGAAUCUUGUUCUGGCAUGGAUUGGCAUAAUGCUGAAUGGAGGCAUCUUGAUGACAAAGUUCUUGUUGUAUUGGUCAAAAUUGGUCUUGUUUUGUUUAUGGUUUCAUUGAUAAUCUUAUUGUGUCCAGUUGUUGCAACUCUGUAAUCAUUUGUAUAUCAUUAUAGGAGGAAAGAAUAAUACAACACUUUUUACACCA